AUGUUAUUUAUAAAUUUUCAUUCAACUGAAGCAAAUAUAAUGAAGAUAACUAUUUUAAUUUUAUCCACAUUAAUAUAUUCAGUGCAUAACUAUAAUGUCCUCAUGGUUAGCCCUAUGGUUUCACCUAGCCAUUUUAUUCUUGCAAAUGCACUAGGAAGAGGUCUUAUAGAAGCUGGACACCAAGUAACAAUAGUAAGUCCUUAUGAAGAUAAAAAUCCGCUAAAAGGCUAUAAGGAUGUCGUUUUAACAGGUUUAGCAGAGGAAACAAAAGUAUCACCUUUUGAAUUGGGCAAUAUAAAUCCUUUUAUAAUAAGUGGAUUUAUGAACUUUGUCGGUAAUAAAAUUACUAAUGCCGUACUAAACCAUAAAAAUUUUAAGAAAUUGAUUAGUUCAAAUGAAAAAUUUGACGUAAUAAUAGUACAAAAUUUUAAAACGGACGCUCUAAAUAUUCUGCAGUGUCAUUACAAUGCUCCAUUAAUUGUCUUUAGUGUAGCUGGAGCAACUUUCUGGGUAAACCCUAUGGUGGGCAGUCCACUUGAACCAUCGUACUAUCCAGAUUUCUUCUUAAAUUACGAUAGCAACAUGAACUUGUGGCAAAGAACAGUAAACUCGGUUUUACUUCUGAGUAACUAUAUCACCAAACACUUAUAUUUUAUGCCCCAACAAAAGAAGUUAAUGAGUGAACAUUUUCCAAAAUGCACAGAUCAGGAUGCUGCUUUUUAUAAUGCUUCAUUAGUAUUUCUGAUAACCCAUGAAAGCGCCAAUCAACCUAUACCUCUAGUACCCAACAUGAUCAACAUUGGUGGUCACCACGUCAAGCCUGCAAAAGAGUUACCGAAAGAUCUUAAAGUAUUUAUGGACAAAGCCAAAGAAGGAGUUGUGUACUUUAGUCUUGGUUCGAACGUUGAUCCAGCUCAGAUGGCACCCGAGACACAAAAAGCUAUAGUCAAUGCUUUAGGAAAACUAAAACAAAAAGUUCUUUGGAAAUACAAUGGAAAUAUACCAAAUUUGCCCAAGAACGUUCAACUUGGAAAAUGGUUUCCACAAGCAGAUUUAUUGGCCCAUCCUAAUUUAAAACUCUUCAUUACACAUGGAGGCUUACUAAGCACUUUGGAAACAGUGUACCACGGAGUUCCUAUAUUGGCCUUGCCGGUAUAUGCAGAUCAGAAGAUGAACGCAGCUAAAGCAGAACAGGCAGGUUACGGUUUAAACCUUCCUAUCCUAGAAAUAACUGAAGAUAAAUUGAUUAAUGCUCUACACGAAUUACUGACAAAUCCAAAAUACAGAGAAAACGCUAAAAUCAGAUCUAGUCUAUUCCAUGAUCGUCCCAUGAAACCGCUAGAUCUGGCAGUUUAUUGGACUGAAUUCGUAGUCAGGCAUAAGGGGGCGCAACACCUGAGAGUAGCAGCAAUGGAUCUACGAUGGUACCAAUACUUGCUAUUAGACGUGAUUGCAGUUGUAACAAUAUUUAUUUUUAGUGUGUUUACAGUAUUAUAUCUAUUGUGCGUUAAGCUGUGUUGUUCAAAGCAAAACAAAAAGACCAAAAAAGAGUGAUUCGUACAUUUUUUUUAAAUAUGUUUUAA